UUGAGUUUACUAAAAGAUAAAAAAUUAAGCAAAAGUCAUUGGUUAGCUAAGCAUGUCGUAUGAAAAGUGAAGAGAGCAUCUAUUUUUCAUUAGUUUCGCUUUUGCGUUUACUGCUAUUAUUUUUCCGAUUUUUCCUAUCGAGUAAGGGCUGAACGUUAUUCUCUGAAAUGAGUUCAUUUUUAAAGGAAAAAUGGGAAAAUCUAACAGCCAGCUUACAAAUGAGCACACAAGAAAAGUGGUGGGAUAUAUUAUGCUCUCGAUACUCAGAACCUUGUAGGAAGUUUCACACAUUUUUUCAUCUGGAACACAUGUUUAAGCUUAUGGACUCAAAUAGUGAUGAUAUUCAUGACAAAACAUCAAUGUCUUAUGCUAUAUUUUUUCAUGACAUUGUUUAUGAUGCCAAAUCCCAAGAUAACGAAGAAGAAAGUGUCAAGGUUUUCAGAGAAUUUGCAGGAGAUUCUGGAAUAGUAGAAAAUGAAGAAUUAGUAACAAAAGUAGUAGAUCUUAUAAUGUCUUCUAAAGGUUGUACUGAAGAACAUAUGAGUGAAGGAUUAUUUGGAAAAGAUGAUGUGCACUAUUUUCAAGAUUUUGAUAUUAAUUAUUUAAGUGCAAAAAAUUCAGAUUAUUUGAAAUAUGCAUCAAUGAUUGAAGAGGAAUACAGUUUUAUACCGAAAACUAAAUACUGCUUCAUGCGUUUAAAGGUACUUGAACAUUUUUUACAAAUUCCAAACAUUUAUGCUACUAAGAUGUUUCGUGAUAAAUAUGAAGAACAAGCUAGGAAGAAUAUAAAGGAUGAAAUACAAAGUCUAAACAAGUCUGCUUCAUGACAAGUCUAAUUGCAAGCUGAAAAAUUAGAUCAUUUUAUCUUGUGCAUUUUGAUGAUAUUGUGGCAAAAUUUAGAAAUCUAUAUUAAUAAUAUUGUGUAACUAAGUUUUUGGUGUGUAAAAGUGUAGGACAUUUGUAAAUUCAAAAUUUCACUACUUUUCUAGCUGAAAUACAUUUUUAUUUGAUUUUUUAAAAU